AUGCAGCAGGAAAAACAAGAUCAGCUUCCCAUGUUGCAUAAGGUUAUCGAAGGCCUUAAAAACAUCAACCAACAUAUUAUGAAAGCUGUGAUGCUAGAUGUUCAGUACGUGGUGCCAACAGUUAUCGGUCUGCCAUUCCAAGCAAGAGCCAAUAGCAUCAUCAUGGCACAAGGUUUAUUAAAGGCAAGGACAGAGGUACCUCAUGGUGAUCUCAGAGAAGCCAAUGUCCACGUUCAAGUUGACAGCAAACUUGCCCUCCAGGGCUACGGAAUGAUCUUCUGGGGAGUGAACACAUAUGACAUGCAACAUGGUUUAGAAAUGAGAGCCCAGAUCCGUACUCAAGGCAUACUCAAGAUGAAUGCCACAGUGGACAUCAGAAACAAGAACUUCAAAUUUGACAUCGCCCCACCCCAUGAUGAUCAAUUUGAGUUGGCAAUGGCAAGCAGCAGCAGCAGUGACAGCAAAGCUAAACAUCCCCGUAAAACCAAGUAUUCUCCGCAGAGAAAAUCCAGAGACAGUUCUUCCAGCAGCAGUGAUAGCAGUGACAGCAGCAGCAGCAGCAGCAGCAGCAGCAGCAGCAGUGACAGCAGCAAGAGCAGCAGCAGCAGUGAUAGCAGUGACAGCAGCAGCAGCAGCAGCAGCAAUAGUUCUUCCAGCAGCAGUGACAGCAGCGACAGUAGUAGCAGCAGCAGCAGCGACAGUAGCGACAGGAGCAGCAGCAGCAGCAGCAGCAGCGACAGCAGUGAGAGCAGCAGCAGCAGCAGCAGCAGCGAAAGCUCUGACAAUUCCUGGGAAAAGGGAAGGCAUUCCAAACUUCUUCAAUAUUCUUUCCUGCCAGUGAAACAGCGGCAGUCAAGAGAAAGUAGCUCGUCCUCCAGCUCCAGCAGCUCCUCUAGCUCCAGCAGUGAAGAAUACACAAAAGGCUCUUCGGAAAAAGUAGCGUCCUUUGCUGUCAGAUGCCUCGCUCGCAAUAAGAGACAAUAUGGAAUCGUUGGCGAGGUUUAUCACAGCUCCUCCAUGGUGAAAGUGACUGUAAGAAACAUCACACGGUCAAGCAAGCCAGUUGUCUGCUUCGAAAGCAGAAUGGUCACCCCUCACAAGCUCAGGACCACUCUAGAAGCAGGCUGGGAUUGCAAAGACUACCAGGUCGCUGCAGAAGUUGAGACGGGUUGGUUUGCUAAAAGGCCAGCAGUUCAGUUCAAGGCUAAACACAAAAGGCUUCCUGCGGUAGUGACAACCUUUGUGCAACAAAUAACUACUCUGAUUCCUGGAGCUGCUUACAUGAUGGGCUACUCAUACAAAGUUCAAAGAAACCCCUCUCAAGAGGUUACAGUGGUUAUAGUUCUAACUGAUCCUAGAAGCUACGCCGUGAUCAUGAGGACACCCUCUGUGACUAUCUAUGCUGAAGACUGCAUGAUUCCCUUUUCACUGCCUAUUGGCAACUCUAGCCAACCUUCAAAACUCUGGGAUGUUCCAUCAGUGAUACUUGCUAGUCAGAAUGGUGUCUGCGAAGUCGAAGGUCAAAAGAUCACAACCUUCACUGGACAAAACCUUUACAAAAGAUUUCCUCCAGAUUGCUUCAUGACUUUGUUACAAGACUGUACCUAUGAGAAGAAGUUUAUGGUGCUGAUAAAAUAUGAAUCUAAUAAUGCAAACAACAUCCUACUCAAAAUCACUAUCGCUGGCAGUGCUUGCUUUGGCAGAAUGAGCCAAAUUGCUUCUAAUUCUUAUUGUCAACUCAAUCCCAACUCAUUCCCCCCUCGUUCCCCCCUCUUCAUAAAGGUAACCGUUACUCCCGCUAUCGGAUAUACCUGUGGUCUUUGUGAAGUAUAUGGCGGAAAUGCAGAAAAAUUACGCACACCAAGUGGCUACUCAGCUAAAGAUCCAGAGAGCUUUGCUCAGUCCUGGCUGGUCCCCGAUGCAUGUGGUGGAGCCUGCAAACUGAAACACUCAACUAGGAGACUUGAGAAACCAAUCCGGAUUGGAGAAGAAGAUAUGCAAUGUAUUUCUACUCUGCCCGUGUUGAGCUGUAAGGAGAGGUGCACACCCACCACCACAACUCAGGUGUCUUCUGGCUUCCACUGUCUCUCAGCUGGGGCAACCUUGCCAACUGACCUGGUUACCCUCGCUGCAAAAUCAGAAGACCUGGUUUCCUCUGUUGAAGCCCACGUAACAUGCAAUUGUGCUGAAGAACAAUGUGAAGCAUAA